CAUUCUGAUGUGCCCCAACACGAGAGCUACCCAAUGCACUUUCUCUGGAGGAUAUUAAACCCCUCACUUCCGUCGUCUAGAUGUACAGAUGAGUGUGGAAGAAAUCCUUUACGCCAUACUUAUCGGAUGUGCCAUAGGCUUGUCAAACAGCCAAGAUGCCACCGUCGGGUGCACGGGGGAAGCCGACAUCGUAUUUCUUGUACAUUCCUCAAACAGUCUGGGGAACAGUGGAUUUCGACAAGAACUAAAUUUCGUGCAGCAGCUUAUAGUAGGGUUCGAUAUAUCCCCUGAUUUGGUGAGGGUUGGACUGGUGACAUUUUCAUCUUCCUCUGAGCUACGGUUCCCGUUGAACAGAUACCAAGAUGUCCAAGGGCUGCUUAAAGCAGUCAAGGCAGUACCUUUCAAGAAAGGCAAUGCAGCAACGCACAUGGCUUUCUUACGAACCAGGGCCCAGGUAUUCCAGCGAGGCUCGGGAGAUAGACGGAACGUCACCAACGUUAUUGUCCUUUUGACGGGUGAGCAAUCCAGAUUUCCAGACAGAACUUUGACGGGCGCUCGCCAACUUAAGAAUGACGGUGCAAUCAUCUAUGCAGUCGGAAUCGGCAAUAAGGUAUGA